UUCACCCCUCAUUCCAACGUCCAAUAUUCCUUCCAUCGUAGAUCCUUAUUGAUUGAUUGAUGACAAUGUCGACAACUCCACCACCAAUUUCCAAUCGGGCCCGAGCCAAUAUCCAAAAAGAAAACCUACUCGCUAUCGGUAUGAUGAAAUGGUGGAGAAAUCAAUAUCAUGCCGAAAAGAAUCCAGAUGGAAUUAUUAACCUCGGUACAGCGGAGAAUAAGUUGAUGGCUGGGACACUCGUCGAUUUGGUUGCAAAGAUGUCUGCACAAUUAGUGGAUGCUACAUUCUCGUAUGGGCUCAUGUACGGGUCGCAAGAGCUCCGCGAAAAGUUAGCGGAUAUGUUCAAUCUACAGUUUCGACCGAUUCAGCGUGUGGAAGCUGGGGAGAUUGUUGUCACGAAUGGAGCGUGUUCGGCGGUGAGCAAUCUGGUGCAAGUCGUGUGUGAUGUUGGGGAUGGGGUCUUGGUACCUGCUCCUUAUUACGGAGGGUUUGGUCCCGAUGUCAGCAACUACUCGCAAGCAAAUCUCAUUACCUGCAGCUCAUCCACACCCCCCAAUUUCCUUCCGACUGACCAAGACUUGGCCCAAACCCUUCAAACCAAUCCAAUACCGAUCCGCGCCCUCCUCCUCACCAAUCCAAAUAAUCCAACCGGUAGAGUCAUCCCAACCGAAACAUUGAAAACAUACCUCCAAUUUGCAAAAUCCCACAAACUACACAUUAUCCUCGACGAAAUCUACGCGUUGAGCUGCUUUCGGGCAUCCACUCUGGAUGGAUUGGAGCCUUUCACGAGCAUAUUAGCUAUGCCAUGGGUACAGGAAGAAGGAUUAGAAGAAUGGAUUCAUAUCGUUUGGAGCUUUUCAAAGGAUUUUGGGAGUAGCGGUCUAAGACUUGGAUGUAUCCAAUCUCGGAAUCCUCAUAUCCUCAAAGCCCUUCGUCCGAUUUCACCCUUCACUGCUCCAUCGAAUGCAACCCAAACGCUCGUGAUGGGGUUACUGGACCCUCCAACGACAGCUCAAUUCAUACGUACGAACCAAUCUCGUCUUGAAGAGAUAUAUACUCGGUUGACAGCGUUUUUGAGGGAGCAUGGUGUGCCGUACAUACCCGCCAACGCCGCGUUUUUUCUCUUGGUGGAUUUACGGAGAUGGACGAGUGGAAUGGGUGAGCAAGCCCUGUUUGAACGAUUAUGCGAUCAAGGUGUUUAUAUUGCUUGUGGGAGGGCGUUUGGGUUUGGGGAGGAGGGGUGGUUUAGAGUCGUAUUUGGGGUUGAUUGGGAGGUUUUGGAAAUUGGGAUGCGAAGGUUGGUUAGAGUCUUGCAAGAGGUGGAGAUGGGCCGUUAAUAAAGUGUACAAAGAUGCAGGGACUAGAUAUCAUAGAGAUAUAUCACUGGCUGUGAUCGGACGGGGUUUGAGACUAGAAUUGGGAUAAUACGAAAUCGGCUUUGCUGACGAUGAGCGGGAUGCGCUGUCACUUGUUCUCGUCAGUGAGCAAUGCCAAUCUCCUCGCUAACAUGCACAAAUGGAAAGCUACCAAUACG